AAAGGGUUCUAGACAUGAUAUUGUUCACGCAACAAUAAAUUCCUCUUAUCUGUGGGAUUAUUGUAAGGUCUUGAAAUUGACAAAGAACAUGAGAUUACAAGAUCAAUCUGGUGACCGUUCGUGCAUUGAAUUGCAAACUUUUGCUGAGUGGAUUUUAAGCCUUGGGGAUGGCAUACUUGGUGAAGAUAAUGAAGGACAUGGAAUUGUUGAAAUUCCUGAAGAUCUUCUAAUAAAUAGCUCCACUGACCCUGUUGCAUCUAUAGUAGAUAGUAUAUAUCCUGAUUUUACUUCACAUUUUGGAGAUGCAGCAUACUUAGAUGGAAGGGCAAUACUGGCGCCUACACUUUCUAUGGUUGAAAUGAUUAAUGAUUACAUGGUUUCGAAAGAUCAAUCUGGUGUGCGCACUUAUCUUAGUUCUGAUGGAAUUUGUCAGUCAGAUUCUGAUGAUCAAUUACUUAGUGAGCUACAUACUCCGGAAUUUUUAAAUGGAAUUAAGUGCUCAGGAGUUCCCAAUCAUGAAUUGAAGCUAAAGGUUGGUGUUCCUGUUAUGCUCAUGAGAAAUAUUGAUCACUCAUCCGGUCUUUGCAAUGGUACAAGGUUAAUGGUCACAAGACUUGCUGAUCAUGUUAUAGAAGCAUCAAUUUUGAAUGGCUUUAAUCAAGGGAAAAAAUUCUUGAUUCCAAGAAUGACAUUGACGCCAUCAGAUUUGAGUCUACCAUUUAACUUUAAGAGACGGCAGUUCCCACUUUGUGUUUCAUAUGCGAUGACUAUUAAUAAAAGUCAAGGACAGUCGCUUUCUAGAGUUGGAAUUUUCUUGCAAAA